AAGAAUGCCAAGACUGCGGUCACCACUAGCCAUCAACCCAGCAUCUUCCCCGUUCGUUUGAUCGCAGUCUUUUAGCUUGUACACAAAAGCUGAAAACAACGGCCCGCAGUUUGGCGACGAGCAUUUAAGUGAACUGUUGCCUAUGCACCAUUUUGAAUAAAAAUGACGUGUUUAUUGCUUGACAACGCCGGAUGAGAGGAUAUACCUUGGUGGCGAUGGCGCUGCAUAUUUAGAACUAGAAUGAUAGGUAACAUUACUGCUAUGAUACUCGCCUUCAGAAAUUUUGGUUGCCAUGUGUGGCAGUGUGUUGGUUUCCUGAAAUAAGACUAGUUUAGCCAAAAAAGUUCGUCUGAAACACCUGGACGGAUCAUUUAAUCGACUUGACGAAAGUACUGUGGCUAACUGGCUAAGUGGAUCAACUUGUCGAGCAGGGACAGCUAUGGCAAACGAGCGCACCGCCCUGCUUGACCAUGGAGUGUACAGUGUACAGAGUGAAUCUGAGAUCUCCGGCUCAGGGCAGCAGGGAAAUGGCUUUGUCCACACAAGUGGUCACAGCGCCACCCCCCGCAGCCUCAACACCUUCUUCGGUGUGAUAGUACCCACCGUGCUCUCUAUGUUCAGCAUCGUACUGUUCCUCAGAACCGGGUUCGUUGUUGGGCAUGCCGGGCUCCUCCAGGGACUUCUCAUGCUGGCUGUGGCCUAUUUCAUCAUCUCUCUGACGAUACUGUCCAUUUGUGCCAUUUCCACCAAUGGGGCAGUGGAGGGGGGUGGGGCUUAUUAUAUGAUCAGUCGAUCCCUGGGGCCAGAGUUUGGCGGUAGCAUUGGACUCAUGUUCUACCUGGCCAAGGUUUGCGCAUGUGGAGUCUAUAUUCUGGGACUGGUCGAAGCCAUACUGAACAUUUUUGGGCGGGACCCAGGCUCUGCGGUCUCAGAGGGGAUACGGGUCCUGCCUCAGGGCUACUGGUACACGGUGCUGUACGCGGCCGUCGCGCUACAGCUCUGCCUGCUGGUCUGCCUGGUGGGAGCUCACGUGUACUCCCGCGCCUCCUUCCUCAUCCUGCUGGUGGUGACCUUCGCCCUGCUGUCCGUCCUGAUCAGCCCCCUGGUCGUGUGGCCUCGCGAGUUCUCCAUCAGCCACCAGUGCCCCACUAACGGGACCUGCGUCUACAACGCCACUUACACAGGCUUCAACUCCACCACCCUGAGAAGGAACCUUGGACCGGGAUAUUCUCUUGAUUACAGCACCAACACUGUCAUGUCCUUUGCCACUGUGUUUGCGGUCAUGUUUACCAGCUGCACAGGAAUCAUGGCUGGGGCAAACAUGUCAGGGGAACUGAAGAAUCCCAGUGUGGCAAUUCCAAAAGGCACGAUCAUUGCGGUUUUGUACACCUUCUGUGUGUAUGUUAUCCUCUUCAUCCUGGUCAGCUCCACGUGUGACAGGGCUCUGUUGACCCUGGACUAUGGCUUCCUCCAGCGCAUCAACGUUUGGCCGCCCUUCGUCAUCAUUGGGGUAUACUGUGCCUCCCUCUCAGCCGCCAUGUGCUCCCUGAUUGGAGCGUCCCGAAUUUUGCAUGCUCUCGCGCUGGACCAGGUCUUUGGAUUGCCGUUGGCGCCGGCGGCCAUUACCUCCAAGUCAGGGAACCCUUGGGUGGCAGUUCUGUACACCUGGGCGCUGGUUCAGUGUGUGGUUUUUGCUGGGCAGCUGAACUUCAUCGCUGGGCUGGUCACAGUCUUCUACUUGCUGGCCUAUGCUGCGGUUGACCUGGCCUGCCUCUCACUUGAAUGGGCAUCGGCUCCUAACUUCAGGCCGACAUUCCAGUUCUUCUCCUGGCACACCUGUCUGCUGGGCAUCAUAAGCUGUUUGGUGAUGAUGUUUGUCAUCAACCCUGUCUACUCCUCUGCCAGCAUUGUGGUGCUACUGGUCCUGCUCCUCAUCCUCCACUACAGAUCUCCCACCAGCAGCUGGGGUUACAUCAGCCAAGCACUCAUCUUCCACCAGGUACGUAAAUACCUGCUGAUGUUGGAUGUGCGGAAGGAGCAUGUAAAGUUCUGGAGGCCACAGGUGUUGCUGAUGGUGGCCAACCCCCGGUCCUCCUGCCAGCUCAUCACCUUCAUCAACCAGCUGAAAAAGAGCGGGCUCUUUGUGCUGGGACACGUGCAGUUGGGAGUUCUGGACGCCUUGCCCUCGGAUCCCAUCAAGCCCCAGUAUACCUUCUGGCUGAGUCUAGUAGACAAGCUGGGGGUGAAGGCCUUUGUGGACCUCACUCUGUCUCCCUCUGUCAGACAGGGGACCCAGCACCUGCUGCGAAUCACAGGACUGGGAGGCAUGAAGCCCAAUACCCUGGUGUUGGGUUUCUAUGACAACUCUGUCCCGGAGGAUUACUUCCUGCAGGACCCUGCAUUCUCCUCGGGAUCCAGGGGAAAUGCGAGCAGCAGGGGGAGCGACGAUUUUGGGGUGGACCUGGCCUCCCUGCAAGCCCACUUCCCCCCCGUCCGGGGCACGGAGUGCCCGCGCUGCCUUUCCCCGGAGGAGUACGUGGGCAUCGUCUCGGACGCCAUUAAAAUGGGCAAGAACGUCUGCCUGGGCCGCUACUUCUUUCAGCUGGAGGGCGAGUGGGCCGCGCCCAAAAGCGACGGGGCGGGGCGGACCGUCGACGUGUGGCCGCUGGACCUGCUGCAGCCGGAGACAGGCGGGUGCGUGGACGUCUGCAGCCUCUUCCUGCUUCAGAUGGCCUGCAUUCUCAACAUGUGCCCCCGGUGGCGACGCGCCAGGCUCCGGAUCUUUCUGUGCGUGGAGUCCUCCUCGGGCGACCAAGGCUGGAUGGUGAAGGAGGAGACCCUGCGCGACCUGCUGGGGAAACUGCGAAUCCGGGCCUCCAUAAAGAUCGUGCCGUGGGACGCUGUGGUGAAGCUCCACAGAGAGGGGAGGGAGCCGUUGGCCUCCACACUGGGGGAGACGCACACGGCCGACCGAACGAGCCCUCCCUCCGAUGCCCCGGAGAGCUUCUUGUCGGGGGUGAAUGGACUGCUCCUGGAGCACAGUGCCCAAGCUGCGGUCCGUUUCCUGUAUUUGCCGAGCCCCCCUGCAGACUCCAGCCAAUCCCAGCAGUACCUGGCUCAGCUGGAAGCUGUAACCCGUGACCUAGGCCCCACCCUCCUGAUCCAUGGUCUCACAAAAGUCACUUGCACUGAGCUCUGAAAAUGCUCGCGUGUGUGCAUGUGUGGGAUGGAGAGAGGGAGAAAUGCAACCCAGCGGUUAAGCUUUAACUAUGUUGGUACAUUCCCCAUUUGCUGUAUGCUGUAUAUAUUGUUAUUGUUAUGCUCAGGGUUUUUCUCUUUUACAAGGUAAGUGAGCUUUUAUGAAGCCACUUUUAUGAUGGCAUAGUUGCUUGGUUGCAAGCAGGCAUCUUGCAGUACACUUUAAGAAUGUUACAGAAUUAAGAACGAGGGAAAUGUUUUCCCUGGUGCAAAACUAAAUUUGCAAGAGGGUUAUAUAUCACCUUUUCCAGGCUCAACGGCGAAUUAUCAAGUAAAAGAAAUGGAAAAGAAAGACAUGGUUAAGCAAAAUUACAAAUCUAGUAUACACACUAGCUUUGUGGAGUAAGUGCCAAUUAUUGGCUAUGGAUAACUAGCUAGGAAUAUGAUGGCAAGCUGUCAUGUUAUUUUUCCAGCAAGUAAAAAUAAAUAAAAAGAGAACCAAAAAAUUUAAACAUGACAUGGUUAGUUGCUGCCUAACCAGCUAGCUUGAAUGUACUGCCAUGAAUGCUAUGCCAAUUUAUCUCUCUGCCAAUGUCAGACUUUUCUGUGCUUUAGUCUGUGUAAUAUCGUUAAUAACUAAACCAAAUCGAAAGGACCACACUGAAAUGUUCUUAUUCACCCUAUAAAAUCAUGACAGUUGACAAUCCAGGUCAAAACGAACAUUUAUAUUUAUGUGUAACUGAGAUUAACUUUCAAGAUGAUCAUAUGUUACAGGAAAAAAGGUUACUUAAGUUUUUUUUCAUCUGUAUAUUUUUUAUAAUUUGUAGGAAUUGCUGAUAUGAGCAUAGUGUAAACUGUGUAGUGAUAUUUCUGUUUCUCGGUUUAUCUUCAAGAUAAUGUCACUUGUCAUCCGUAUUUAGGGGACCAGUGCUCUUUUUACUGCAGUGCCUAGAUAAUGGGCUUCCUGAUCCUAUAGUUACUUUAAAGGCUUUAAAUCCAAAGUGACUUUCAUCAAGUGCUUUAGAGAUUGGUUAGAAUUGUAAACCAGCUGACAAUCUGUGGCCCACUUGUGAGAAUGCCAGAAUUUGUUUUUGCACAUUACUGUUGAAGAUAAUCAGGCAAAAAUAAAAUGCACUGCUGGAAAAUACCUCACUGAAUGUGUUGUAGCAGGACUGUAACUAAACUGGAUUAAACUGCCGAUGUGUGGGAA